UCACAUAUUAUUUAACAAUCAGUUCCUCACCUGAAAAAAAAAUUGCAUAUGCGACUCAGAACUCUACACAGUUUAACAUUAGCGGAAAUCCCGAAAUCGUAACCACAAGUGAUAAUACUAAGGUGACCGAUGACGCGUGCGAAGUUCUACCAGCAAAGUCUUUAAUUGGAAAAAUAGCAUUAAUUCGUCGUGGAGCCUGUACUUUCGCACAAAAAGUGGCUAAUGCUCAAGCAGCUGAUGCAAUCGGAGUCAUAAUCUAUGAUUAUAAACUUCUCACGCCAUUUAUAAAUUCUACAGCGAUAAAAAUUCCAUUCGCGUUAAUUAAGGCAGAGGAUGGUGAAUUUAUAUUUGAUCAAAUGCAUAAGAACAAGAAGAAUAUUAAGAUUACUUUUUAUAAUGAAACUCUGCCAUUUACGAAUCCAACAAGUGGGAAAAUAUCAUCUUUCAGUUCAUUGGGCCCUUCAUAUGAGUUAGAUAUUAAGCCUGAAAUUGCUGCGCCAGGUGGUUCAAUUUUUAGCACAUAUCCCAUUAAACUUGGUUCUUAUGAAACAUUAGAUGGUACAAGUUUUGCAACACCGUAUAUAACAGGUUGUGUGGCGAUUCUUUUCGAAGCAAAGGGUAAAUUGAGUGCAGAUGAAACAAAAAAAUUGCUUAUGAAUACUGCGCAUCCAAUUGAAGUAUUGGCUACUUCAAAUCAAACAGCAACGCAAACAUCGAUUGCCGGACAAGGUGCUGGACUAGUUAAUUUAUUGGAUGCAUUAUCUUCAACUAUCAGCAUCUCACCUCCUAAGCUACCAUUAAAUGAUACCGCGAAUUAUAAAGCUUUAAACACAUUAAAUGUUAAAAAUUCUGGAAAAGAUAUUGUGAAAUUAACAGUUACACAUGUUGGAGCGCAAGCAGUAAGUGGAUAUAAUUUCACGGAAUCAUUCGUGCCACGAGGAAUACCAGUAUAUCAAGACUCAUUUGCCGAGGUAAACAUCUCAGAAUCGUCGAUUGUGCUUGGACCUGGACAAUCAAAGAAUAUUAAAAUUGUAAUCAAGCCUCCAGCUGAUUUAGAUAACGAUUCAUAUUUUAUUUUCUCGGGAUUUAUCCUCUUCUCGGAUAAAGCCGGUAAUAAAUCAUAUAGUGUUCCGUAUAUGGGAAUGAAAGGAAACUAUAAAACACUUCCAAUCCUUGAUACUGCAGUUGGUACACCAUUCAUUCAAACAGAGAACCACGAAAUAUAUCGAAAUCACAGUCAAAAUGUAACUUUUACUUUACAAGGUGAUGAUUGCCCAAUAUUAGCUGUACGUCUUGGACAAGGAACUCGCAUUCUUGCUAUAGAUAUAGUUCCUGCGGACAGCAAAGUUCAAUCAAAUGUUGGCGAGCUUAAUAAUCGCAUUUCGUCACCAUUAAUGGCCGAAAAAUUUCCUCAGGAUGAUCAAGUUCCCAACGGACAGACAAAUUUAACGCAAUCAGAUACUCAAAUCAACCGUAAUUUUCCUGAUUCAUUAGGUAAAAUUGCGAAAGAAGGUGUUUUUUAUUACGCUCAACGCAAUCAAGAUACCGGGUCAAAUAAUGGUUAUUUAUUUAUCUGGAAAGGUAAAGUGGAUACCUACGAUGGUAAACGUGAUAUUGACGUACCUAAUGGAUCGUAUCGACUAGUGGUGUCAGCCUUGAAAUUGUAUGGUGAUGAAAAGAAUAAAAAAGAUUGGGAAAUAUGGGUUAGUCCACGACUGGAUAUCCAACGUCCAUAUUUUAAAUUAUGA